AUGCCAUCCAACCUCACAGAGGGCAGCCCCAAUUCCAGCGGGAUCACGCAGAUGCUGGAUUCUUCCCCGGCCGCCUGCACCGAAACAGUGACUUUCACUGAAGUGGUGGAGGGAGAGGAGUGGGGCUCUUUCUCCUACUCCUUUAAGACUGAGCAGUUGAUAACUCUGUGGGUCCUCUUUGUUUUCACCACUGUUGGAAACGCCAACGUGCUGUUCUCCACAUGGAGGAGGAAAAGGAAGUCGAGAAUGACCUUCUUUGUGACUCAGCUGGCCAUCACAGACUCUUUCACAGGGCUGGUCAACAUCUUGACAGACAUUAUUUGGCUAUUCACUGGAGACUUUGUGGCACCUGAUCUGGUUUGCCAAGUGGUCCGCUAUUUGCCGGUUGUGCUGCUCUACGCCUCUACCUACGUCCUGGUGUCCCUCAGUAUAGACAGGUACCAUGCCAUCGUCUACCCCAUGAAGUUCCUGCAAAGAGAGAAGCAAGACAAAGUCCUCGUCGGGAUUGCCUGGAGCCUCUCUUUCCUGUUCUCCAUUCCCACCCUGAUCAUAUUUGGGAAAAGGAAACUCUCCAACGGAGAAGUGAAGCGCUGGGCCCUGUGGCCUGACAACUCUUACUGGACACUGUACAUGACCAUCGUGGCCUUCCUGGUGUACUUCAUCCCUCUGACCAUCAUCGGCGUCAUCUAUGGCAUUGUGAUCUGGACUAUUUGGAUGAAAAGCAAAGCCCAGGGGACGGUGAUUUCCAAUUGCUCUAUUGGAAAGCUAUGCACCAGCUACAACCGAGGGCUCAUCUCAAAGGCAAAAAUCAAGGCCAUCAAGUAUAGCAUCGUCAUCAUUCUCACCUUUAUCUGCUGUUGGAGCCCAUACUUCCUCUUUGAUAUUUUGGACAACUUCAGCGUUCUUCCAAACACCAAGGAGUGCUUCUAUGCUUCUGUGAUCAUUCAGAACCUGCCUGCUUUGAACAGCGCCAUCAACCCUCUCAUCUACUGUGCCUUCAGCAGCUCCAUCUGCUUCCCCUGUGGGGAGCAAAGAUCACGGGACUCCAGAAUGACCUGCCGGGACAGACUUGAGAGGCAUGAGAUGCAGGUUCUGGCCAAGCCGGAAUUCAUCUAG